AUGUUGAAUAAUAAAACAAACUCUCAUGCAAAUUCUUCAACUUGUAUUUCUACAAAUCAAAGAAAACAAUUGCAACUUAAUGGGAAAACAGGAUCUGAAAGAAAAUUCAAAAUUGGUGAAAUACUAAACUCAAGUAAACAAUUUCGAUCUUAUCCAGUUAUUACACAAUUACCUGUUGGUUCAUCAAAUUUAACAUCUUCACAAUCAUCUUCAUUAUCACCAUCGGUUUAUCCGAUUGCUGGAAUUGUUGCUAAAUCAGUGAAUCCACGUAAUCCAACUCAGCCUCCAUUACCUUCAAUACAAAAUAGAAAAACAUUCAAAAAAGGAAAUAAUUUUGUUGAAUAUUUCUUAUUAUAUAUAACCUAUAUUAACUGUAAUUAUUCCAUUGAAUGUUAUAUGGGGUCAAAAAUGAUUGCAUUGAUUGUAUGUUUACCAUUAUUACUAUUAUUUAUUGCAUUGGGAGUGGCAAUUUUCUAUUGUCUACGUUCAAGAAAACGUAUUAGACAACGUACUACAUCAACUCCAGUGCGAAGUCAUUUACCUAGAUCACAGCCAACUCCAACCUCAAAUUUUACUAAUAUUCCUGCACAAGCCCCAUACCCGACGGGUUCAUCACAAGUUCCAUAUCCAAUGAGUUCAUCUCAGGCUCCAUAUCCAAUUAGUUCAUCACAAGAUGGAAUGCCAACAGGAGCAGCAGUGAUAUCGUCGGCGCCUAACUUUGAUCAACCACCACCAUAUCCUACACAAUUCCUAAAUAAAGAAAAAAGCUAUACAAUAUGA